CCCCCCAAAUCCCUCGUUAACAUUCGAGAAGAUUAAAUCCAAUUCGAUCAUCUUGUUUGCUUGAUUGAGGUAGUUUGUACCGUAUUGCUAUCUACUUACCUCAGCAGAGAGCUCAACGAUGGACGGUGAAACCGGAAGUUGUCUCGGUUGGGCGGCGAGGGAUCCUUCUGGCGUUCUCUCCCCUCACAGAUUCAAUCGCAGGGUUGUCGGAGACGAUGAUGUUUCUCUUAGAAUAACACACUGCGGAGUUUGUUUUGCUGACUACAGUUGGACAAGAAAUAAAAUGGGGGACUCAAAUUAUCCCCUUGUUCCCGGGCAUGAGAUUGUUGGAAUUGUCACAGAGGUUGGUUCCAACAUCAAACGUUUCAAAAUUGGUGAUCACGUCGGUGUUGGUACAUACGUAAAUUCAUGUAGAGAUUGCCAAUAUUGCAACGAGAAACAAGAAGUUCAUUGCUCAAAAGGAUCAGUUUUUACUUUCAACGGAUUAGAUUCGGAUGGAACAAUCACAAAAGGGGGAUAUUCAAGUUACAUCGUAGUACAUGAGAGGUAUUGUUACAUUAUACCUAGUGGUUAUCCACUGGAAAAGGCUGCACCAUUACUGUGUGCAGGAAUUACAGUGUAUUCGCCUAUGAUACGUCAUAAUAUGAAUCAACCGGGUAAAUCUCUUGGUGUUAUUGGUCUUGGUGGCCUAGGUCAUAUGGCGGUAAAAUUUGGAAAAGCGUUUGGUUUAAAAGUUACUGUUUUUAGUACUAGCAAAUCCAAAAGAGAGGAAGCUUUGAAACUUCUCGGAGCAGAUAGAUUUGUUAUAUCAUCAGAUGCUCAGGAGAUGCAGUCUUUAGCAGGUACCCUUGACUUCAUUGUCGACACUGCUUCUGGUGAUCACCCUUUUGAUCCUUAUAUGUCACUCUUGAAAGUUUAUGGAGUUAUGGUGCUUGUGGGUUUUCCUAGUGAGAUCAAAAUGAGCCCUGCAAGUCUUAAUUUCGGUGCAAAAACUGUUUCAGGGAGCAUAACGGGCGGUACAAAAGAUACACAGGAAAUGCUAGAGUUUAGUGCAGCCAACAAGAUUUUUCCAGAGGUUGAAAUUAUUCCGAUUCAGUAUAUAAAUGAGGCACUUGAGAGAAUGAUCAAGAAGGACGUAAAGUAUCGGUUUGUGAUUGAUAUUGAGAACUCCCUCAAGUGAAAAUUUGAUAUUUCGAUCGAUGUCUACCUUGGAAAACAUACCAAUAAAUUAUCUAUCGAGUGAAUAACACUACAAUGGUAUUUGUUUUAAAUACUUAUGGAGUGAAAGAUCCUACAAUGGUAUACGAAAGAUACGUAAAACUUUCAAUGAAGUUUUUGUUUUGGAUACUA